UGGUUGUGGAUGUAAAUGGUUAACCCGACGGUGCAGCGGUCCGCGGUGACGUCACACGCUGGUUUCUUCAGCUCCGGGCCGCAGCUUGUACCAGGAGGACAAGUAUCACAAACUACUCCACCACUUUUUACCCAACAGAUCCGCAGCAGCAGCCGGAAAAACAUCCUGAAAAUGGGCAACUGUCAACCCACGAUUGUGCCUUAUGAGGAUUUUGAUGUCGUCCAGGACAUCAAGGCCAUCCGAAAAGCCUGCAAAGGGUUCGGAACUGAUGAGCAGGCCAUCAUUGACAUCCUGGCAAACCGCUGUUCAUUUCAGCGGCAGGAAAUCAAAAACGCGUAUUUUGAAAAGUAUGACGAUGAGUUGGUGGAUGUGUUGAAGAGUGAGCUGUCGGGGAACUUUGAGAACGCCAUCCUCGCCAUGCUGGACCCGCCCGUCAUCUUCGCCGUGAAGGAGCUGAGGAAGGCCAUGAAGGGAGCGGGCACGGAUGAAGACGUGCUGGUGGAGAUCCUCUGCACCGCCACCAACGCUGACAUUGCCUUGUUCAAAGAAUGCUACUUUCAAGUGCACGAGCGUGAUCUUGAAGCAGAUAUUGAGGGAGACACCAGCGGGGACGUAAGAAACCUGCUCAUGGCUCUAAUGGAGGGGAACAGAGACGAGAGCUACGAGGUGGAUGAAGAUCUAGCUGAACAAGAUGCUACAUCUCUGUUUGAGGCUGGCGAGGGUUGUUUCGGGACCGAUGAGUCAACAUUCAGCUACAUCCUGGCCACCAGGAAUUACCUGCAGCUCCAGGCCACAUUUAAGAUGUAUGAGCAGCUCUCUGGAACUGAAAUCCUGGACGCCAUUGAGAACGAGACUUCUGGGACACUGAAGAAGUGCUACAAAGCUCUCGUGAGAGUUGCUAAGAACCCUCAGCUCUACUUUGCCAGACGUCUGCAUGAUGCGAUGAAAGGAGCAGGCACCGACGAGGACACCCUCAUCCGCAUCAUCGUGUGUCGCUCCGAGUAUGACUUGGAGACCAUCAAAGACAUGUACCUGGAGAAGUACGACGUCUCUCUGAAGGACGCCCUGAAGGACGAGUGCGGCGGCGACUUUAAACGCCUCCUCCUGGCCAUCUGCCACUGAGAGACGGGAGCGUGAGGCGGGGGGGACGUGGACAGCAGAGUUUGUCCACACUGAGGACGCUGCUGUUCUCUGUCUAACAAACUAAUACUACUCAGUCUCUCCAUGUGACAUUAUGUAGGGAGCAGGAGGGUGGAAGUGAUAGAAGAAUUAGCUGUGAAUUUGGGCUCUUUUUUAACUUUUUCCACAUACAUUAAUUACAAAAUUUGGAUUGAACUGGGUGUUCUCAUCAGUCAACUACUGCCUGUUUCUUAGUCAAAUUUUAGCUCCAGUUCUUACCAGCAUUUACACAGUGAUAUGUAAGUUUUAUUCACUGUAAAAAAAGCACCAAGUUGAUACAUUUCCAGGAGCCGACUGUCGCCACACUGACACAAUUACACUGAGUGAGGCUUGAUAGGAUAAUCACAUUGUAAACAUGUUUGUACACUGGGAAAAACUCAUCAUUAGCCUCUGCAUGUCUGUCUGCUACUGCAUUUAACAGUAUAAUGAGACAAUAGUGUUAUAUUAUAACCAGAAUAUGAGUAUUAUACGGUUUUAGCUCAAGUAAUUAUAAAUUUUUUCUAUGUCUUUCACCCUCCGUGCACCAAACUCAGUGACUGUGAUACUUCCCUGCUGUUAUGACUAAUGCAAUCACUCCAUGAGGCUUGAAAUUCUAAAUGAAGAAAUGUGAAAGUUUGAAACGAAGGAAAUAUUAGCUGGGAAUGCAAUGAAGGUUAUGCAAUGUUAAUGGAUUGUAAGGAUUUUUCCGAUUCGGAGAAGAGAAUAUAUAUUUCAUCAGUUGCUUAUUGAAAGAUACUAUAUAUUGUUUUACAGUACAUUUUUGUCCUUUUAUUACAAACUAGAAAAAAACUUGACAAAUCCAAAUGCACCUCACCUUGUUAUAUAUGUUUUUGUAUUUUACGACUAACGCAGUAGAGUGUUUAAUAUAUAUUAUUUAGUUUAGUGUUUUAGCUAGGCCAGAGAGUAUACGAGAAGAAACCCGUCAGUCUGAUGUCAUUUGUGCGUCUCUAUAAGGCAGCUGAGAUUUAUUAAAAUUACCACUAUUGUGACCUGCAGAACAUGAGAUAGUUUCAACAUCAACCAGGACAUCAGGUGGAGUCGUGUUUGUGUCUCUAUAGCCAAAGAAUUUUAGUUAAACUGCAAAUAAAGUUUCCUGUAACGCCGUCA